GCUACCUUGGUCGGCUCCGCAGGGGAUGUGCCUCUUUGAAAUCCGAAAAUCGUGAGUUGGGCUGGAAGGACAAAUGCACUUUCAAUAGGAAUGGAUCUGUCUUCACGUGGUUGGUGGUGCUGAAGUCACCAACGUUCAAGAUCGGCUGCUACAUUUGCCAUGUACAGAAUGCGAACACUUCUUGGGGAAGAUUCGAGGUAAGCUUCAAGGGUUCGGACCAUGUGGGUUUCCAGAAUAUCAUGCAGCAUGGAAGCGGGAAGAAGCAUGCAGCUUGUUUAGAGAGACUCCUGGGUGGGUCAGAUCCACCGCCUGCGCCAUCAUCAGACAAUCUGGCAGAAGCAGAAGAUGGUGGGGUUACUUCCACCAUUGCUGCUGACGUUCCCCGCAUGGAUCGCUGGAUUCAAGCCGUCGGGUUGUUGUGCUCGCGUGUCGGUUACGAGCAGCAGCCUAAACGGGUGCAGUCCUCGGAAAUCGGGACCAGGCUCAUCCCUGCAGGCACGGCAGACAGCAGCAAAACUGUUACUCGAAAAAUGAUUCUGUGCUUGGAAGAUGGGCUCCGUGAGGUGGACAUCGCGCGGAUCAGGCAAUGCAGGGCUGUCGGCAUAGCCAUGGAUAAGGGGGGCGAUCAUUUGGUCGUUUACGGCCGCUUGCUCGGGCCGACCGGUGUUUAUGAGAUGCUGCUGGGUGUUGUGACGCCAGAUAUGGUCCAGGACAGCAGCAGAGGGAUGUUGGAGGCGCUGCAGUUGCUUUUGAAGCAGGUUUGCACGAUACCAGCCCGCUGCAGACGGCCUGCCGACGACAUGUUCAAUUCUCCAUCCGACCUUUUCGGCCAUCGCCUUUACGAUCACCUGUGUGAUCAUAUUUAUACUGCGGUGGCAGACGGCGGGCCAACGGAGCAGAGGGCACUCUUCGAAUCCGCCGCCUCCGGGGCAGAGUUAAGGCAGCAACCAGGCUACCAGCCGUUGCUUCCUCAUCUGCGCCUCAUCACGAGGGACGCAGCGCACCGAUACCGCUCAAUCGACAAGCUCGUGGUAUCAAAGCUGCCAACUCUGUUCCAGGAAACUUUGGAGAAGCUAGUGACUGGAGAGCGGAGCAUCGCACGAUUGCUCGAGAAGUCGGCCAAGUUCUCCCAGCUCUUUCUGGAGUGUCAGCGAGACAUGGCAGAUCGGGAAGAUGCAGCAUCUUUCUCCCGAUUCUUGAAAGGGUUUGCCUUUGCCGACCACCGCUUCGACAGCAGGAAGCGGCCAUUGGUGCGUCUGUUUACGAUGUUGCCCAUCGUCAUGGAAUGCCUUCAAAGGGUGACCGAAGGCGGCACAUCGUUUCAAGAUGCUGAUGUUCUGUGGUGCCGAAACCUCUUGCAGGAAUGGGGUGGGGACCGGGGCUAUGUUCGAUUGGUGGGGUCGGCCCUCAUCGGGGACGCACUCGUAAUGAGUUGGCCUUUUCUCAAAUUGGCCGACAAAAGCGAGGGCGCUUACUCGCUUACUGGGGUUCAGGCUGCAGAGUGCUUAUCGCUGCUGCGAUCCAUGCUGCUGCAGGGCGCUAUUUGGCUCCCAGCAGCCAAGGGCACGUUGGUGCACUCUGUCUUGGGCGCGAUCAAGCAGCGAGUUCUUUUCACAGAUCAGAAGACUGAUCGAAGCUCUGUUGUGGUCGUGCGCUGGCCUGCGCCGGACUCUGAAGCACGACUCGAGCCUCAGCGGUUGGCCCACAAGCAACGCGACUUGCGCAGGUUCUACUAUGUUUGGGAAGCGUUCUUCAAGAGCCACUUUCCUGGCUUCGAGGAGGCGAACAGCUUCACAUGCUUCAAUCUCACUGCCGACCUCUCCUUGGGGGAACGUGAGGCUUUCGUCAGAGCCGGAUGUGAAAUUUUUCAGCUUGACGGUCAGAAAGCGUGGCGGUCAUUCGUUGGGCCCAGCGGGAAUGAGCACGGACUUUUGCAUCGUGCGCAGUACUGGGCGUCAGCCGCUGGAACAGCAGCCGCUGCUGCCGCCGAGACCCAGGCCAAGUGCCACUUGCCCGAGUCCAUGCACCAGCGGGCAUGGCUGCGGACCUGGCAGGACUUGCAUGCAGCAGAGCGAGUUUCGGAUGCGUGUGGAAAAGGUGGGAAGUCACAGCAUUCGGACGCCAAGCGCUUCAUAGAGAUAUAUCUCAGCUCUCUGGCUGGGACGGGCGUCGUCGAACGGUGGAUUGGGGAGAAAAGGUCAUUGACGGCGGGCCGUUCUACGCUGCAUGUCCGCUCCAUUGCGGCUUCUUUGAAACUGGUGGUCCAGGAUUUGAAAGGAAGACGUCGUGACCGUCUGAACCCGAACGAUCUGCUGUGCAAGCCCACUGCCGCCCGAGCAUCUGGCGGAGGGGCGCCGGUUCUAUUUCCUCCUACACCGUUCCUUUUAAGAGCGCAGCGCACUUACGCGACCUGGUUUGGCGAGAAGGCGAGCCAGGCUCGCGAUGUUCGCCCGGCAUCUUUCUCAGAUCAGGUGUUGGCCCGUGCAAAGGCCGCCAAGCCCCGCUUGGAGAGCACACGUCAGCGAAGCCAAAAUUCAGAGAAGGCGUGGCUCGAAUCGCAUGCUGGUGCGUGCAAGGAUGCUGUUGCGGCUUUGUCAAAGGUGGAUUCUCACGCCGAGGGGGUGCUGGGCAACCGCGUUGUCAACCCCAAUCUGGCGGAUGGCAACAGUAGCAGAAAGCGACUCAUGAGCGAAGCUGCUGAUGAGACCUGGGAAGUGCAGAAGGAAAAGAAGCAUGCCCGGUCCAAUCAGAAGCAGACUGCUUCCGGUCACAGCACAGGCCUGGACGAUCAGAUGGGUAUCGACUGGAGCACCGCUGACAAAGCGAUUGAGCAGCAGCAGGCGGUGGCCGCAAAGCGACGGCAAGCUCAAGCGAUGUCUGCAGGCAAUGGACCAACCCCCUUCGUUGAUUCCAAGGGCGGAUUGAUGCGGGCCAAGCCUGUGACUUUGCCAGCGGCGAAGACGUGCCCUCCCUUACCCAGGAACUUCAAGCUGCUUUCUGAGUCCGACCAGGUGCUGCUUGCCGUCCAGGCCCGACAGGGCAAGCCUUGGCCUGUCGAUACUUCGUUCGAGCGGGUUACCAGGCUUGGUGUGCGAGCUGAUGUGGUGUUGGUGGGUUCAGUUCUUGGAGAGUACGACUCUGCGGCAGCCCUACAAGCCCGCUUGGAUGGAGCACGACUUGCUGAUCAGACUGGGCGAGUUCUGCGCUUCCGCCCUGGAAUGGAGCUAUGCCAUUCUGUGAUCUACAUGAGUCAGUCUUUCCGCGAUGCAUAUCCGAAACAUGUCCGAGUGCUGCACGCUUGUGCGGCUCGCGCCCCGUCCAUUGGCAAGGACAAGAAUCCACGCCUGGACGUUCGUCUUGGACUGCCGGAUGCGGAUGAGCGGCUGAAAUUCCCUGCUAACACAUUUUAUCUUGGCUUGUCCACAGAAGCUUCAGAAAAAUGCAAGCGGCUGGACAUGAAAGGCAAUGAUGUUGAAGUCCAGACGAUUGAUUUGGCUGGCCUCUUUCGAAUGUAUGCCUCCUGCUACGAGUCGUGA